CAAAAAUUGCUUCUGCAUGUUGCCUCCAGUUUAUUCAGUAAUCACAAACAGUACCCGAGGUCAGGAUCGAACCCGAGUGUCUGGUGCUGAGAGGCAGCAGCUCUACCAACUGCACCACUGUGCAUACUCUCCCUGUGGUUGUGUGGGUUUCCUCCAGCUGCUCGAGUUUGCUCUCACAUCCCAAAGAUAUGCAGGUUUGUAGGUUAAUUGGCCUCUGUAAAAUGCCUCUUGUUUGUAGAGAGUGGAUGAGAAAGUAGGAUAACAAAGAACUUUGGGUAAAUGGAUAAUUGGUGUGGACUCGGUGGGAUGAAGAGCCUAUUUCCUCGGUGGGCUGAAGGACUAUAUCUCUCUCCCCACCAUAAAUAUCCAUCCUCUGAUUAUUGACCACACUGCUACUGCAAUUAUUCAUUCUCUCAAAACCCAUCAAAGUUUUGAAUAAUACAAUUUAACCAAUUUUUAAUUCUCUUCCAAGUGCAAUAACUUUUCUUCAGUCGUUUGGCACCUGAAGGCUCCUAACCCUGGUGACCUUCUAAUAAAUCUCCGCAUCUUUUAAAUUUAAGUGCCUAAAAUUGGUGAUAGAAUUUGAGCUGGGGCCUAUUCAAUAAUUUUUACGUUUUUGCAAAACCUUUUUGUAUUUGUAUUCUAAAGUUAUUGUUUCUUCAAUGUGGCCUGCCUCCUCCUAAAGCAUACACACCCAGUCGUUUUGUUCUUAGAUGCACUCAAAAUGUUAACUUCUAUAUCUUUCUCAUUUUUCAACCAUAAUUAUGUGUGUUAACUUUAUGUUAGUUACUCCACUUGUUUUGAAUUAACACAAAUGUUUUGAAUUAAUAUUUCAACGCCAAUCAUCAAUAGCCAUACGGAAUGUAUAUGAUUCACUGUAUCACCCAGUCCCAGAAUGUGUUACCCACUCCCAAAUUGUAAAAGGACAGAUUUUGAUCCACUUGUAUCAUUCAAUCCUAGAGUGUGAAAGGAUGUUGUUUGUUCUUUUAUAACUCAUAGUGACAUGACAUGCCAAGAUUAAUCAAUAAAUGUAAAUAUGUACAUAGCUGCCUACAAUAAGUAUACCUGGAUACAAAGACUCAUUUGUUUCUGAAAUAUUUUUUGAGGAUAAUCAUUGCCUCAUGUGUGGCCGCCUGUGAAUUAAUUAUAUCAUUACUUAAUGUAGUUUAGUUUAGAGAUGCAGCGCAGAAAUACUUGGGUUUAGUUCAGAGAUACAGCACAGAAUCAGGCCCUUUGGGUCACCGAGUCUGCACCAACCAGCAUUCCCUGCACAUUAACACUACCCUACACACGCAAGGGCAAUUUAUCUACAUUUAUACCAAGCCAAUUAAACGACAAACCUGUUCAUCUUUGGAUUGUGGGUGAAAAACUAAGAUCUCGGUGAAAACCCACGCAGGUCAUGGGGAGAACGUGCAGGCAAGCACCUGUAGUCUGGAUCGAACCCGGGUCGCUAGCUCUAUAAGCGCGAUGGCUCUACCGCUAUGCCAUUGUGUCGCACAAAUAUUUCUCGGCCAAUGUGGGGCUCGAACUCACGACCUUGUGAUUAUAAGCCUCGCACUCUAUCGACUGAGCUAGCCGGGCACUUAAUUAUUAUUCACAAGAUACAGUGCUUUGAUACAUCCAGUCGAGCAACUCUCUUGUCUUUUGUCUUCUCAGCAUCCCAGAUCCUGCAACGAAAUACCACCCAUUGUAGAAAGAAUGAGUGCUGACGGCAAGAAUUCCAAAAAGCAUGUUGUCUAUAAAAAAGUGUCUCGUGACAAAUCGGUUGCUGCCUACUUGAGCAAAAGAGAUUUUGUGGACCAUGGCAGCCAUAUUGACCCUGUGGUCUUCACUAUUAUUGCCUCCCCAGUUUAUUGCAGACUGAAAUGUACUUUCCAUUAUGGACCAGAGGACCUUGAGAUGAUCGGACAGGCUUUUAAUAGGGACCUGUAUGUGUCUACAGUCCAGGUGUACCCUCAAACAGGCGAGGAAUUGAAAUCACUAACCAAGCUGCAGGAACGCUUGAUGAAGAAGAUUGGAGACGAAGCUUUGCCUUUCUCUUUUCAGUUCCCAAAUUAUCUGCCCUGCUCUGUUUGUCUUCAGCCUGGUGCCAAUGAGCCAGACAAGUAUUGUUCCGUCAAUUUUGAGAUAAUAGCGUUCUGCGUGAACAAUCUCGAGGAAAAGAUCCAUAAAAGAAGUUCUGUGCGCAUGGCUAUCCGUAAAGUGCAGUAUGCUCCAGAUCACGCCGGCCCACUGCCAAGUGCUCACAUCAGCAAGCAUUUCCUUAUGUCCGACCAGCCUCUUCAGCUGAUGGCAUCCCUGAAUAAAGAGAUAUAUUACCAUGGGGAUCCCAUCAGCAUCAAUGUUCAAGUGACAAAUAACUCCAGCAAACAUGUGAAGAGCAUCAAAGUUACAGUUGAACAAACAACCACUGUGGUGCUGUACUCGAAUGAUAAAUACACAGAGGUGGUUGCUGAGGAGGAUGCAAAUGAUCAGAUUGCCGCAGGCUCCACAUUCUCAAAGACCUAUGUGCUUUUGCCCACAAUGGCCAACAACCGAGGCAAACAUGGAAUCGCGCUGGAUGGGAAAACCAAACUGGAGGACAGCAACCUGGCUUCUUCCACCAUCUUAAAGGAAGGAAGUGAUCGAGAAGUUCAAGGGAUGUUGGUGUCUUACUCCAUGAAAGUCAGUUUGCUGAUCCCAGGCAUGUUGGGUGACAUUUCUUCCAGUGAUGCCACUGUGGAAAUACCCUUUCUGCUCAUGCAUGCCAAACCUGGUGGAAAUCCAGAAGAUGAUGACAUUGCCAUUGAAGAAGCUGGAGGACUGUCACCUCAGGGGACAGUGGACGUGGAGGAUGAUGAGUGA